AGAGGCUAUGAAAGCACUUGUCUCUGGUUUUAACUUGUUUUUGAAACAAUAAACAUGUUUACUUUCCUGGAACUUCUGGAAGUUUUCUUGUAUGUGUAACCAGGGAGUCUUGCUGUGCUGUGCUGUUUGUCUGUCUUAUUUGGAUUUAAACUGUUUCAUUUGAUCUCCAGCCUUUACCUUGCAUCUUUUUUUUUUUUCUGAUUCACUUUUUCAUUGCUGGAUACUAGCAGCAUGGCAGAAGGGAAUACUACUGAACUGGACUACAACAAUUAUAGAUCAACACAGGUUUUUGGAUUUAAUGGCUUUGGAUGAAUUCUUGAGACAAAAGGUGUCAUUGGCUGCCCAGCCUGCAACAAGACAUGCCAUACAAGAGAUGUUACUGAAAUCACUUUUCUGAUUAAUUUACUAAAGUCAUCUCCCAACAUGGAAAGGAACUGUUCAAAAUGCAAAGAAAACAGGGUUGCCUAUAGUCUGUGUACAAACUGCAAUGAGUGGUUGUGUAGCCCCUGUACGGAAGAACAUCAACAUAAUAAGAAUACUGGAGAACACAUGCUGUCACUUACAGAAAAAGGCCCCUCAGGUCCUAACAGCAUCCCUCAAGAAUUCUGUUUAUUUUGUCCAUACCAUAAUCAAGAACCAUUGAAGCUGUUUUGUGAGACUUGCAAUUUGAUGACUUGCCAAAGCUGCCAAAUGUCGGAACAUAAGGAUCACAGAUUUCGAUACCUCCAAGAGGCUUUGCAAAAUCAAAAUGCUCUGUUCAAAUCACUGACAUCACAAGUGGAAGAGAAGAAACUCAGUUUGCAGACCUCUGCUAAGCAGCUGGAAGACAGGUUAUACGAAAUUAAGCAUAUACGCAGGAAGGUGGAGAACCAGAUCAAAAUGGCAAAAAUGGUUCUGAUGAAUGAAUUGAACAAAAGGACCAAUGUUCUCCUGGAGCAGCUUGAGAGGCUGACAAGUGAGAGAAAGCAGAAGUUAGAGGAACAACUUCAAGCAGCUGCAGUUUUGUGCAAACAGCUGGAGCAUGUGCAGAACUUUAUCAGAUGGUCAGCAUACAAAAAGAACAGCAUUCCAUUUCAUUACAAUAAAAACCUGAUUGUCUGUCAGAUGCGACGUUUGUUGGAAACCCAAUGUAAUACUGAUCUUGGCUCCCCAUGCAGACUCAAGUUUAACUGGGAACCUGCUCACUGGGCUAAGCAACUUUCAAAUUUAGGAAAUUUAACCUUUGAUACAGGAAAUCAAGCUUUCACUAAUGCUCAGUCUUUUCCAAGUGCGCCAUCCUAUGGAAAUAUGCAUGGACCCCAGCCUCCAUUUUAUCAGGGACAUUCAUCAUCACAAAGACACAGAGUUGCAAACCAAAAUCAGAGGCUUCCGACAUCUUAUCAGUGCCAAACACCAACAUGCUGUAGCCAGUGCCACAAUAUGCCCCGGCCACAUAAAGGGCAGCUUUCUCAUUCUGGUGUGCAAAACCAACAUACUUUUCAGCAACCUCAGAUUCCACAGCAGCAUUUUCCAGUUCAGUACAGGUUGUCACAUAGUGGAAAGCAACAAAGGUAUGUGUCUCAUUCUCAGAAAAAUAUGCAACAUAUUCAGCCACAAACAGAGCAUGAGCAGGUACAGGGAUGGAUGGGAAAACCUCUACAUAUACUGCAAGGCCAGCAAAGUUCACAUUCCACUUGCAUAACACAACCCCAAGGCAACCUCAUCCAGCAAAUGCACAGUGGACAUUCACAACGUAUGCAGUCUUUGCCAGAGCCAACUACAGCAAUGCCUAUGCAGCUAAGUCACCUGCAGCAACUACAACUUCAACAUGUUACACAGCAGCAACAGAUGCCGACUGAUGCAGCUGAAAAUGUGGCGCAUGAACAAGCAAUGCAGCAAAAUCUGGACAUCAUGAACCAACAGUAUGAACUUGAGCAAAUGCAGAAGGGAUUAGAGCUGCUACUACAGGCACAACAACCAAACCUACAACUAAACCAGACCAAACCACCUCAGCAAGUGCAGCAAACUAUUGUAGGGCAAAUCAACUACAUUGUAAGGCAGCCAGCUCCUCAGUCACAACAGGUUUCAGCUGAGCCUUUACAGAUUGGUUUCCAGCCUACACCUGAGAAUAACCAGGGGCAAAACCACAGACUGCAACAGCAGACAGAGCACAGCGAGAUCACACAUUUGAAUGUCGUCAGCCAACUCACUGUAAAUGACGUUCCAGUUCUGCCUAACAUCCAACAACCUCUUGUUCAAAAUAAUGGGAUUAUAACACCAAGCAUUACACACUUAUUUGGUGAACAGAAUAGGUAUCCACCCUCUGCGCAGACAUCUGCCAACUGUUCCAGAGAGUCUUCCCUGACACAAAAUAGAAAGCGUUCCAUUUCUGGAAGUUUGUUAAGCCCUUCAUGCACGUCUGGUAUGGAUGCGUCAUCACUAAGACCACCUAAUUCAGCCAAUCCUCAGUUGCAAGAUACAACUAAUUCAGCAGAGCAGCAGCUGUGCAGUAUAUUGGACCCAUCCGAACUUUCAUCAGGAAACGUACCAUGUUACAGCUCUACAAUAGGAAGCAUUUCUGAGGAAAUGACAACCAAAGACACAGAGAACCCAUCAACGAGCAUUGCACACUUUGGGAAAGCUCAGUGCAAGACAGAGGAAGAAUACAUGUCUGCAGGUGAAGCAUUUGGACGAGCAUGUGCCUAUGAAGAAUUAGCUCAUCCAGAUUCCGGACCAGAUGAACCCAUUAAUCUGUCAAUCAAGAAAUGUGAUCCAUUAGCCUUUUCACCUCUGCCAGACAGCAGUGCACACUUCAUGGAUUCUUCCUUACUAUCUCACGUAAAAACAGAAGAGGAUACUGAAGACUCAGAAGCAGAAAAUGCUGAAACAUCUGAAAGCAUUUCCAAGACAAACAGAACUUACAUCAAGGGGAAGAAAGUCCCAUAUGUGCGAUUAGAGAGGCUAAAUAUCUCACCAUCUGCACUGAGUGAUCUUCCAGUGUUUAAACUUCAGUCAAAAAUAAAGCAAGAAGACUGUGACUCGUUGCUAGAAUAUGACAAUCAGUCCUUUACUCCACCCACAAAGGAUGUUCCAGAUUACACUACAGCAAAAUCAGAAGCGAGCAUCGCUGAUGCAUAUGAAGGCAAGACUGAAGCAAAUGAGCAAGCAGUUUGCAUUAACACAUCAGAGACCUCACCACCCACAGAUAUAAAGCUGAAUGGUGAAAACACAGAGACACCGAAUGAGCAAAUAGAACCCGAGCAGAACUCGAUGGAAAAUGAAGAUUUUUGUGCAGUCUGUUUGAAUGGAGGAGAGCUGCUGUGUUGUGAUCACUGCCCAAAAGUGUUUCAUCUCACCUGCCACGUCCCGGCUCUGCACAGCUUUCCUGUGGGAGAGUGGGACUGCAGUCUUUGCUGUAAAAUAAAUUCAGAAAAUGAAAAUGAAUAUGAAACACAAUCUCACAAUGAAGACAGUAAAGGAAAGAAACUCGUACAAAGACUCUCAUAUAUUGAUCAGAAGAAAUGUGAAAAACUUGUGCUGUAUAUCUGCUGCAACAGCUUCAGCCUUCCGUUCCAUGAACCUGUCAGCCCACUGGCACGACACUAUUACCAGAUAAUCAAGAAGCCAAUGGACUUGUCAGUCAUCCGUGAGAAACUGAAGAAAGAUCAUCCAUCACACUAUUCAUCACCAAAGGAGUUUGUGUUAGAUGUCCGUCUCAUGUUCCAAAACUGUGCAAAGUUUAACUAUCCAGAUUCAGAAGUUGCACAAGCUGGAAGAAAACUAGCAAAAUAUUUUGAAGAAAAACUGAAGGAACUUUAUCCUGACAAGGCAUUUUUAAAGCAACAUCGAGAUAGCACAGAACAAGAAGAGACUGAAAAUGCAGAUAAGUGCGUAAAUUCAUUUGGUUUCUUGUGGCCUUUACAUGAUCAAGAACAUGUAAAACCAAAGAAAAGACGACGCCAUUCUGCGCAUCAAAAAACUAAAGACCCAAGUUAUAAUCCAGGUGCUUCUUAAAUAUCUUUGCAUGAGUGAAAUGAGAGUAAUACAUACAUUCUUAUCCCUUUUUAUGACUUGUAUUAUGAUAUCAUUAGCAACACCUAUUUAUAAAAAUAACACUUUAAGAGAUAUAACAAGCUAGUGUUCCUUUUUUUUUUAAAGAUAUAUUUCUUUAGGAACAUUUGCUUUUUCCUUACAAUAGUCGCUAUUUUUGCAAAUUCCAGUUCAUCAAAAUGUAAAGAAGAUAAACAUAGUGCAAUAUUUUAACAGUAAUGGGAACAUAGUUCCCUGUGCUUGGAUUUCCUACUGCAUUGCAUUUUCAGGUCUGUUAUUUAGUUUGAAUUUUUUUUUCAUUUUAUAUACCAGGAAAUUAACUGGUCAUCAUGGCCCCUUUUAGUUACAACCUAAACCACAAGGUUAAGAAUAAGGAUAAAAUGUUGACAGCUUUUAGAGCAUUAUGUUAACAAGUAGAACAGAACCAGAGUGCUCAGAGAAGCUUAUGCAAUUACAAGGAAAACAUACAAACUCCCCACGGGCAGUGACCAGCAGUCAGGAUUGAACCCUGACCCCAAGAGGUAGGAGGCAGAGACAUUAACCACGUAGGCACCAUGCAUUCAUUGGCAGUGUUUGAAAAAUUGGAAGUAAUUUGUCUUUAAAGUUAUCAUUUUCUGUUAAUGUUUAAAACAAUGGUAGUUUAUAACAAAGUUUACAUUUUAAGGUCUACCUAGUAAAUGAGAUUAAAGUGCAUUUACUUAUCUUUAGUUUGAUAAUAUUCAUGUAAUCUGCUGAGUGACUGAAGUUGCACAUUUUCUUCAAACAAAACUAAGGUAUAUAACUGCUAAAACGUUAUGAAAUAUAGUAUAUAUCUUUCUUUUUCUAUUAAAUUAAAAAAUAAUGUCCAUCUUGAAAAUAUAUAUGCAUAAUGUAUCCAGCAACAAGAAGCAUACUAGAAUGAAACUUUUUUCCAUGUAUUGUAUAAUUCACGUUUCAGCAUCAAGGUCCUUAAUCAGAAAUUUACCAUCUUAAACAGUUCACCUUCUUGAAUCCCACUUAGUAUUGGGUACGAAUAUUCCAUCCUAGUAAUGGGUAUGAAUAUUCCAUCCUAGUAAUACUACUAAACCAUAGAUGAGUUCUAAUUAUGAGUUACUUCAUAAAACAACUUUUACAUUCUUCUCAUAGCUGGAGUAAUUAUAUAAUGUAUGCAAAAUGCAUACAGUCAAUUGGGAAAUUGGGAAAAUGAAUUUAAACAACUGAAUCUUUUAAUGUAUUUUUUUAUGUUAACCUCACAAUGAUUUAACAGUUUGAGCUUCAAAAAUAUCUUUACAGAUAUGACUAAAAAAUGGCUGUUGUCAAAAUUUAGAUCUUGAAGGAUGCAAUACUUAGGAUAUAUACAUUAAUUUUGUUAAUUAACAGGCAGCAAGGAUGCUUUCUUAAAAAGCUGCACUUCAGAAUCAUUCUACAAUACUUUGUGUACGAGUUUGUUUCUCUGUUCUCCACUUUCACAUAGAAAAAAAAGAUUUUAUCAUGUGCCAUUUACAAUAUAUUCCUUAAUGCAUAUGUUAUACUUUUUUAUAGGUUCAUUGGUUUAUUGGUAAGGUCUAGGCUAGCUACCCUUGUGGGCCAUUUUAAGUCUAGCCAGUUUCCCUUUGCGUGCUCAAAUUAAGCUAUCCCAUUUGUUUGGAGGCUGCCCUUAUCCAUUCCAUGGUCGAUAAUUAUAUAAUACCUUCAAUGAGAAUCAUUAGUCAUACUACAAAUAUUUGAGGAGACCCAAUGCAUGGGAUAAAGCAUUUAUGUGCUGCCUCUGUCCAUUAGUAGUACAGGGGGCAGU